AUGGAUGAGUCAUGGGGAAAAUGGAUUUCUGAAAUGGAAAUGGAUGACCUGAACUCUCUCGAGGAAGAGUUCGAGGGAGUGAAUUCACUACAUCCAGAACCAUCUUGGAAUAGUCAUUUUUCUGAUUUAAAUUUUACCAUUGGCAAUUCAUCUUUGGAAGAAAACAAUGAUUUUGAUAACCCUAGUCUUAAACAACUUACUUUAUUAGAGAAACCUCUGUUCUCUUCCUCAAUAUCCUAUACUACAUCUUUUGAACACUCCACUGAAGUGCCAAAUAUUCCAAAGACAACAUGCCAUAAUCAUGAUGCACAAUCAAAGGAGACCCAAGAAGAACCAGAAAAUAGAAACUCCAAGAAGGAUAGUAGAAGCUCUGCUCAGAUUCCAUAUCGCACAUUGGCUGAGAGAAAAAGGAGAGAAAAUCUCACCAGAAUGUUCAUAGCACUUUCAGCCAGUAUUCCUGGAUUGAAAAGGAUGGACAAGGUUUCUAUCCUUAACAACGCUAUCGAUCAUGUGAAAUAUCUUCAGAAGCGGGUAAAAGAUUUGGAGGAACAGAACAAGAAGAGAAAGACAAAAUCCGUAGAUAGACCUAUCAAGACAUUUCCAAAUGUUAAAGCUAGCAUUUCAGGAAAAGAUGUACUCAUCAGAGUUAUGUGUCAGAAACAAAAGAACAUUGUACCUAAGCUAUUGGCCAAGCUUAAAGCUCAUAAUCUCUCCCUCGUUUGUAGCAAUGCUAUGUCAUUUGGGAAUUCUAUUAUGAACUUUACCAGCAUUGCUCAGAUAUUGGACCACGAAUUCAGCAUGACAAAGGACGACUUAGUGAAAACUUUGAAUGAGGAGCUGUUGGAGUGCUGUGACUUGCAACACUAA